AUGCAUGUAGACGUGCCGGUGGAGAAGCUGGCCACCAUGCCCGCCUUGCGCAGCGUCAACCUCCGCUUCAACCCGCUCAACGCCGACGUGCGCGUGAUCGCCCCGCCGCUCAUCAAGUUUGACAUGCUCACGUCGCCGGAGGGCGCACACCGCUCCCCAUCCUAAGCCCCUGCUCGUGCCCACCC